CGGAACAUUCCAUCAGUGACCCUCUCUUCUUAACUCUGUACCUCGUGUCUAAGACUCUAACGUUCUUAACUAGAUUUGAGGUAGGGACUAGAGUAAAAAAAAGUACAUCUGUACAUGUAAGUAAAUUUAACUACUAAAACCUGAGAGUAGCUAUUCGCCGACGUCAUUUGAUUGAUACAGUGGAAACCUUCGUAGUACACAUCCUUUCUGUGCUGACAUGGCGUGUUGUUUCCUGAGUUCCAUCCAGGCUCCCGUUCAAGCCGCCAUCCGGCCGGCCAUGUGGCUUCCCGGAAUCCGGAAUCUUCACUCUCACAAGGAAACUUGGCACUCUGACUCCACAGCUCCCGACUGUUUGAAAAGUUUGCUUGGUGCACUUGAGAAGGUCAAGGUCGACAGUCCUUACUGGAGGAAACACAAGGUCAACAAGGUGGAUGAAGAACGUUACCGUGUGCAGAUCUUCACUUACACCCGGGCGGAGUGGCUGGACGUGGUGGAGAUAGAGUUCCGUCCAGGACAGACCGAGGGUUCAGAAGCAGAGGCUGCGUCCUUCUCCAGUGGACUGUUCCCGACCUUGGUGCCGCUGUGCUUCGUCUUCAACACGGUCUUCUUCUUCGUCCCGUUCCUUGACAUGGAAUACAACAAGAAGCGUUUGGAUGCGCUCCGAGAAGCCAUGGACGUUCCAGUAUCUGUUUUCAACCCGUAGGAAAAUGUGGUGUCAUGUUUGUGUGCCAAAUAAGACUUAGCUGAAUCUUAUGUGAGAUUAGGUAUUAUCAUAUAGCCAGGCGCCGCGGACCAAUCAGAAGGCCCCGUUCCAUGUUUGUUAUGACGCCGUUGAUGUCGAUUUGCAUCGAGUGAGCGAAGCGAAGGAGGUGCUUUUAUUCGGUGGUUAUAGCAAAGGCCCAGGCGUUAUGACACAAUACUGUAAAUGUAUUUAAGUUCGCGGGGAUUUAAUUUCGCGGUAGCGGGAAAAAGGACUUUUCGCGGU